GAAUCCUGGUUGCAUAAAGAAAUUCAUCUAUAUGAAACGAUAUGUAGUGUCAGUUCCCUUUAGAUAAUUACCCUUUUCUUACUUAAUUUGACUACACCCUUUUGCUUCCUCAUUUAUAGCCCAAUAUAUCACACAAAAAAAGCCAUUGCAAACCAGCUUUUGGCAAAAACACAUUAUGCGAGUUGCCAUACGCAUCAGGAAGGAGACUACAUCGAGAAACAUUUGUUUUUGCGGAAUUUGGAUUGUUGGAUUUUUCGGAUCCCUCGGACUGAAAGAAAUAAACGAACAAAAUCAAAGAUCCACUUGGUAGGACUGGAGAUCCAUUGCCUUGGAAAUGACCAACAUUAAGAAAGUUCUUUGUGUGCUGGAAUGAAAACGGAAAUGGCGAUGCCAAUAAGGGGAAUUAGUUUGUGUUCAUUUGGAAUAUUAUGUUUCCUUUUGAAUCUGAACAGUUUUAUUUCUCCAGCUGCUGGUUACAGGCUGAAGGAUUGCAGGGUCACAAGGACCACACAGGCCAUCUGUCAGAAGAAUAGUUUUAAUGCAUUUCCAAAGGACAUUCCACUAAUAGUCACAAGUAUAGACCUGUCUCAAAACAAAAUUUCUGAACUAAAUAAUGCAGAUUUGAAAGAUUUACCAAAUCUGUUGCGCUUAAACCUGAAACGCAACUCUAUCUCCAUAAUUGAAUCUGGCACUUUUGUUGUUCAAAUGUCUCUAGAGGUGUUGAAUUUAAACAGCAAUAGGCUUUGUAAGCUAGAGGAGGGUAUGUUUGAUGGCUUAGUCAAUCUCACAGAAUUGCGUCUGUCUUUCAAUAACAUCCAAACAUUAGCACCGGCCUCUUUCAAGUCUCUGAGCAAGCUUACAUUUUUGGACCUAGGCCAUAACAAACUGCGGAACUUAGCGAACAUCUUUAAUCAUACACCACAUUUACAAAUCCUGAACAUUCCAGCAAACAAAAUUAGCAAUUUUCAUUCAUGGGAGCUGUCAAAUACGUCUACAGAACUUGUUUCACUUGAUUUGUCUCAAAAUCAGCUUAUGGUCUUUAGCCUCACUGCACAUAUCUUUCCCAACCUCAAAUUAUUGAACCUUGAUGGUGGUAUGAAGAAUGGUAUCGUCUGGGAGGUGAACAACACAUCGUACCUUAGUGGCGUGUCCAACCUAGAUAUCAGUGGGGUUCACUCCUCCUUAGGACUUCAGGAAGUUCUAGAGACAUUUAACUCCUCACUGAUGUAUCUGAAGUUAAACCAUAUGAAUAACAACCUGCGGGUUCUCAUCAAUAUUUCCUGCAAAAUCCCAUCGCUGACCUCUCUUGAAGUCCGAAAUAACCGCAUCAAAGUUAUUAGAUCAGACAUGCUGCACUUGUGUACUAAUCUUAACAUAUUGGACUUGGCGAAAAAUGAGAUAACUGACAUCUCUGACAAUUCAUUUCAAUCUCUUAGGAAGCUUAACAUUUUAAUAUUGAAGUCUAACCGUCUAACAUCGGUCCCCUAUGCCAUAAGGAAAACUGAAAUCUCAAAACUGGAUCUCAGCUUCAAUAACAUCAAUGUUCUUGGCUGUUAUGAUUUGGCCAAUAUGACCUGUCUCAGAAUUCUUCAGCUAAAUCAUAAUCAUCUCUUGAAUCUAAAGGACUGUGUUUUCAAAGAUUUGGUCAAUUUAAAGCACUUAUGGUUGCAAAACAACAACAUUUAUCAAUUAAACGGUGCCUUCCAAAAAAACAUGCCAAAACUCCAAGUGCUUUACUUGUUUAACAAUCAACUCAUAGAUCUAGAUCAGGGAGAAUUUAAAGAUUUGAAUUCCCUCAAGAUGCUGUCAUUACAAGGAAAUAAAUUAAAAAAACUUAAAAAGGGGAAUUUUAAUGGAUUGUCCAAUCUUACAAAUCUUAAUCUUGAAUCAAAUGAAAUAGAUGAAAUUCACAACGGUACUUUUAUUGACUUGAAAGCUUUGCAGAAAUUGAAUUUGAUGACCAAUCACCUUAAAUAUACAUCGGAAAAGCCUAUGGAAUAUCCACCAUUUGCUGAGCUUUCACAACUGGAAUCAUUGCUUAUUUCAGCUCAACGCAGGCGACUUAAGAGCGCCCUACAUCAAAACUUUCUCAAAGGCCUGACAAAUCUUUCGGUACUCAAUAUCAGAAGUAUGCAACUUACAUCCCUACACCCACUCACCUUCAACUAUACUCCUAAUUUGAAUAAGCUUUAUAUGAGCUCAAAUGAUUUCACAGACCUUCCAGACAAUUUAUUUUCCCCGAUUCAAAAACUUAAAAGUCUUUACAUUUCACGGUUAAACCUGAGGUCUCUCGAUUUUCUGCUCCUUGCUAACCUCAAAGAGCUGGAGUUCUUGCAGGUGAGGAAGAAUGCAUUUUCUGUGAUUAGAGAACCAGUGAUGCAGUCUCUGCCAGCACUUGUAUACCUGGAUAUGCAGGGUAAUAGCUUCACCUGUAACUGUGACAACGCAUGGUUCCUCAAAUGGGUUAAAAACAACAAGCAAACACAAGUAUAUGAUGCGGACAACUUUGAAUGCAACUACCCUCCAGACCUCAAAGGAAAAAAACUUUUGGAGAUUGACGUUGAAUCCUGUACAGUAGACAUAGGCUACAUCUGUUAUAUUUCCACGGCAUGCACGGUCAUCAUGACCAUAGCAGUCUCCUACACCCACCAUUUCCUACAAUGGCAUCUGGUCUACGGGUACAACCUCAUGCUGGCAUUCCUCUACAACUCAAAGCACAAGGACAAGCGUGCUCAUCAAUACGACGCCUUCGUCUCCUACAACGCAAACGACGAGAGCUGGGUGCUGGGGGAGCUGCUGCCCAAGCUGGAGGACGAGCAGGGCUGGAGACUGUGUCUGCACCACCGAGACUUCCAGCCAGGCAAACCAAUCAUGGAAAACAUUACAGACUCCAUCUAUGGCAGCCGGAAAACCAUCUGUGUGGUCAGUCGCGAUUACCUUCAGAGUGAAUGGUGCUCCAGAGAGAUCCAGGUGGCAAGCUUCCGUCUGUUUGACGAGCAGAAGGACGUGCUGAUCCUGGUGUUUCUGGAGGACAUACCCAUGCAGCAGCUGUCUCCAUACUACCGCAUGAGGAGGCUCCUGAAGAGAAAAACCUACCUGAGCUGGUCCCGCGCAGAGGCACACCCAAACCUGUUCUGGGAGAAGCUCCGGCAGGCCCUGGAGACACGGGAGCACCCAAUGGGAGAGCAUCUACGGCUCACCGUGGAGGACGGCCCCCCUGGAGAGAGACAAGACCAGUCAAAAGUUUAGAAAUGCUGUGGGGGGGUUUACCUUGAGACACCCGGGGUCUGUCUCUAUGGAGGGAAAGUGAAACAGUUCCCCUUGCUGGCUUUGUUAGUUUAAACUCAUUAUUGGCUGUAUCUUCUUAUUCUGGUUAUUUGUACAUCUGGUGUUGAUUUGAGACCGGUGGACCGGAUCCACCGGUCUCACCGAACUAUGGAAAACUAAAGGUUUUUAUUUACUUUGGAUGUUUUCAAAUUAUUUAGAGAUUAUUAACCUGUUGUAUAACGAUAUUGACUCUGGGGCACGCGCCUGCUCCGAGGUAGAGUAGGCGUGGCCUAUAUGACGUAGUACAUGCUCUGGUGGAUAUGAUCUGAGAGCCUGCUUCCGGCUUCCUCAUGUGUGAUGAUGCUGCCAUCUUGUGGCCAUGAGCAGUUAUUACAGUUUAUAUGUUUGGGCCUGCUCCCUUGUGGCUAUGUGCAAGUAUUACAGCUUACGUGUUUAUUUUCAUGACACCUGCGGCACCCUGAAGUCAGCGACCACGCCCACGGUCACCACAAUAUUAAUAACAACAAUAUUGGAAUUGAAAAAUUGAAACAUACAUGAAGUAGAUGCAG